UGAAGCUCCCCGGAACAGCCCUCCUGGGGGCCCCGGGAGCCGCGGCCCGCUGUACUCGGCCGCCUCGGCAGCAGCGUCCGCGGCCGUGGUGGGCGCGCGCCGUGUCCCAGGCAGCGCCGACCGCCCGCCGCAGCACCGUCACCCCUGGGGGCGGGCUGGGGGCGCCCGCGGCGGCAGGAGGCGCUGUAGCCAGGGCUGCGGCGCGGUCCCGCGGCGGCCGCAGGAGGGAGCGGGGCGGGCGCGGUGGGCCCGGCCCCUCCUCCGGCUCCGGCUCCUGCGCGCCCGCCUCCCGCCAGCUCGGCCAGCGCCCGCCGUCGCCGCAGCGCCGCUCCGCGCCCGCGGCCCCGAGCGCCCGCGCGCCGGGCUGGCGGGGGCCUGCGCGCGCGGGGCCAUGGUCGUGGCCCCCUGACGGGCCGCGGCCACCUCCAUGAAGCGGAAGAGCGAGCGGCGGCCGAGCUGGGCCGCCGCGCCCCCCUGCUCGCGGCGCUGCUCCGCGUCCUCGCCGGGGGUGAAGAAGAGCCGCAGCUCCACGUCGCAGGAGCUGCACCGCCUGGACCAGCGGGACGACCUGUACCUGGACAUCACCGAUCGCCUUUGUUUUGCCAUUCUCUACAGCAGACCAAAGAGUUCAUCAAAUGUACAUUAUUUCAGCAUAGAUAAUGAACUUGAAUAUGAGAACUUCUACGCAGAUUUUGGACCACUCAAUCUGGCAAUGGUUUACAGAUAUUGUUGCAAGAUAAAUAAGAAAUUAAAGUCCAUUACAAUGAUAAGGAAAAAAAUUAUUCAUUUUACUGGCUCUGAUGAGAGAAAACAAGCAAAUGCUGCUUUCCUUGUUGGAUGUUAUAUGGUUAUAUAUUUGGGGAGAACACCGGAAGAAGCAUAUAGAAUAUUAAUGUUUGGAGAUACAUCCUAUAUUCCUUUCAGAGAUGCUGCCUAUGGGAGUUGCAGUUUCUACAUUACACUUCUUGACUGUUUUUAUGCAGUAAAGAAGGCAAUGCAUUAUGGCUUCCUUAAUUUCAACUCAUUUAACCUUGAUGAAUAUGAACAUUAUGAAAAAGCAGAAAAUGGAGAUUUAAAUUGGAUAAUACCAGACCGAUUUCUUGCCUUCUGUGGACCUCAUUCAAGAACAAGACUUGAAAGUGGUUACCACCAACAUUCUCCUGAGGCUUAUAUUCCGUAUUUUAAGAAUCACAAUGUGACUACCAUUGUCCGUCUGAAUAAAAGGAUGUAUGAUGCCAAACGCUUUACGAGUGCUGGCUUCGAUCACUAUGAUCUUUUCUUUGCGGAUGGCAGCACCCCUACUGAUGCCAUUGUCAAAGAAUUUCUGGAUAUUUGUGAAAAUGCUGAGGGUGCCGUUGCAGUACAUUGUAAAGCGGGCCUUGGCCGGACGGGCACGCUGAUAGCCUGCUACAUCAUGAAGCAUUACAGGAUGACAGCCGCUGAGACCAUUGCCUGGGUCAGAAUCUGUAGACCUGGCUCCGUGAUUGGGCCUCAGCAACAAUUUCUGGUGAUGAAACAGACAAACCUCUGGUUGGAAGGUGACUAUUUUCGUCAAAAAUUAAGGGGUCAGGAGAAUGGAAAACACAGAGCAGCUGUCUCAAAACUCCUCUUGGCUGUUGAUGACAUUUCAAUUAGUGGGGUCGAGAAUCAAGACAAGCAGGAACCCGAACUGUACAGUGAUGAUGACGAAAUCAGCGGAGUGACUCAAGGUGAUAGACUUCGGGCCCUGAAAAGCAGAAGACAAUCAAAAACAAACGCUAUUCCCCUCACAGUAAUUCUUCAGUCCCGUGUUCAGAGCUGUAAAACGUCUGAACCUAACAUUUCUGGCAGUGCAGGCAUUACUAAAAGAACCACCAGGUCUGCUGCAAGAAAAAGCAGUUUUAAAAGCCUGGUUCCUCAGAGGGAAAGAAGGAAAAGGACUGCUUUGCAGCAAAUGCCCUUAAUGGCAUUAUGUCCCUCCAUUUCAAGGACUAAAACAGUCUUGCGUUAAGUAAAAACCUGUGACCAGAACUGAAGGAAGACUCUAGGAACAGAAAACCACCACAAGACUUAGCACAAUUUAUCUGGAAACAAAACAAAAUUGUAAAAGCCUUAGCUGCUUUCCACCUAAGAAGUUUUUUCAAGGAAGAAAAUGUCCGCUGGAGUUUAAAUAACUACAUGAGUUUGGGUACAAGUGAAGGACUCGAAGCCUGCCCGACUCUCCUUUCUAGAAACGUCUCAAGUUUAACAACAAAAAAGCAGUUGUGCAUUUGGUCUCAGGUGUAGACAGGCAGCUCUCUGUCAGCGGGAGAGCCGGCCCGUCUGUGGCGCGUGUGCCUGUGAUGGCAAUCACUGUAGCUGCUGGCCUGCAGAAGAAUUGAGGCUCCGAUGGGGUUUUUUUACAUAUUUAUUUUCUGUUUACCCUGUGUCAAAAUUUAUAAAGAUAAAACAGGCAUUACUGAAAUGCUACUUUCUGUAAUUUGAUACUGUUUGGUUUAAUCAUCUUCACUUUCGUAUUUGUAAUACUGUCGUAAUGUUAACUUUGUUAGGUACCCAAGCUGCUUGUCUUCCACCAAAGAGUGCUUUAUUAACAAGAAUCUGUGAAAACCACAUUUAAAGACUGUUGCAUGUUGUGAUAGAAAGUGGUACUUUUCUAACCUAAACCUUGCAGGAAGAUAUUAAUGAUAGCUUUAGAAGACUCAGGAGGAGAAACUGGCAGCACAGUGGAAAGAUUGUUGUCAGUCGUUCCUUUUUAUGUCAUUUAGGGACUGAAGAACGCCAAGGCUGCCUGCUGUUGGUUGUCCAGUCGUACAAAUAAAAACCGUAUUUCCUUCCAUGCAUAAAAACCCCACACUGUCGGGGUUUCCCCUUGGAAACAGCAAUCCCAAAUAAUGGUGGCUUUUUAAAAAUAAAAAAAAAGUUACCACUCUAUUAGGGUCUUUCUCUGUAGCAUCGUGGAUUGUUUUUGUUCUGUACCCUUUGAUUUCAGUGCCACUUAUUUGCAUCUGGAUUUCUGUUGUUUGUAAAUAAGAAACUCACUGUUGCCUUUGGUUAGAGAAUACAACUAAUAGAUCUUUCCAGAGUGCCUUCUCCCCUCAACCCUACAGAAACAGCAGAGUCUGUGAUAGAAAGCAAUCACAAAAACAGUUUGCUGCUUUAAAAAAAAAUGGGGCCCAAAAUAAAAGAAUAUUUUGCGAGCACGUUGGUCACUCCCGGGUAGGAAGUGAGUGGCUCUAGCUCUUGCUCACUGUGUGCCUGUCCUGGGUCGGAGAACAAGGGGGCGCAGUGUGGAAAGGCAAAUGCCUUCACAUCGUGAGAGGAGGGAGUCAGACCAGGAGCCACUUUCAUUUUAAAAAGCUGCCUUUUUAACAAAACUAUGAGGAAUAAGAAGUGAUCGGAAUAAACAAAUCGAAGGCUGUUAGUGGCAAAAGUAAUUGGAAGGCCACAGUUCCGUUUUGGUAUUUACUCUCUUGGAGUAAGUUGUCAGGUUGAGUGGCUUCGAGGGGAGAUGGAAGAUGCCACAGUUUUGGCCCAAACAAGCAGCUCUUCCCCCCCCCGUCACGCUGUCUUUUAAACACCGCGGACCAGACCUCAGAAGAACUGUGGUUGUCUAUCCCUGGAAGUGAGUAGACACAGAGACCCACUUGCCUGGGGGAAGACGCUCUUUGAGAAGCUUUGGGUGGGAGGAGAAACAUUCUGUUUACUCUCUCGUGCUGGGAGACGAUACUAAAUACUCAGACUGUGCCCGGAGGUGAAACGGUGGGAUUCUCAGGGCAACUCUUCUUCCCUUUAUACUUUUAAAGGCCAUUGCCUGUAUAAAUAAUACAGGUAGUUGUGAAAAAUCAAACUUCUGUUCUUGGUUUGGCUUUUUAUUCCGUCAGAACAAGCAAAUGUCUGUCUUCUUCACAGCGAAUAAGCCAUCGGUGUCUUGGCCAAGAGUGAAACAUUUGGGCUUCAGUGUUAACCACAGUACUUUUUGUUUGACAAAUUGCCUUUUCGUGUUGGCUGCUCAUGUUUCCAAGUAGAAUUGCUAUCACUGUGACUCUUUGUAAAAGUCCUUGUAUGUAACAGGCUCCCUGGAGGCAGUCACAGGGAACUGGUGAUCUGAUACAGAAGCCCCCUCGAGCACGGGAAGGACGUGCCGUGUGCGCUUCGGGAGGGUUGCACAGCACAGUGUUAAACGUCCUAGAGACAUGUCUAGAGUCCAGGAAGUCUCUGGGUCUGACGAUGGGAAGUUCUUCGUGCUGUGAAUCAGAGUGGACUCUUUCCUCCCCCAGCUGAAACUCCCUCACGCCCACAAUCUAACUUUGAGUCCUUGUCACAGAAGACCUUGUUGCUAUGGAAUAUGAAAGAGGACAUGUCAGAUGGAGAGAUUCCUUUAACUUAAGAGCCUUAAAUAGCUUUGAAAGUACACCUCGACAGUUUCCAUUGGAAUUAAAGUUAGAAAUGAAUAUUUCUCGGUGCCCUCAGAGCAUUCUGGGGACUCAAAUCAGCGAGAGUCUGAAGGAAGGGUGUUUGCAGAACUGGGUACCUAGCAGCAGAGACAGACUUCGAUUUUGUAAUGCUAAAGAAACCUGGGAAGCUGUCCUCACUGUCCGUGAGGGGCUCGGUCCUGAGCAGUGCCUCACUAUGCAGGUAGCCUUACUCGCCAUAUGUAGCUGCUUCCGCGCGGCCCGCUGCUCUUGUCUCCAGAGACUCUGCUCUAACUUGGUCCCCUCAGCCUGCCAGCCCUCGCCGCCUCCCCUGCCCUCCUCCCCCACUCACAGGGGUGAUUUCUACCUCUUUUCUUGGGCCCGGGUAAGUUUUGGAGGAGUCCCCCAGUGUUCUCACGAGGCGAGUGUGUUGGCCUUGGGACCGGAGACCGGGGCCUUAGUGCCGUGCGACCCAGGCGUCCUGGGUGGCGUGUGCCAAGAGCUCCUGGAGCCUCUGCUUCGCUCGAGUGACCAUUCAUGGCAGAUGACAAUGCGCUCCUUGAUGUUUGUUUUGAAAGUAGCUUAACUGCUUCUCUUCAUACAUUUUUAAAAGUAAUCAUUGCAUUUCAGAAAGCAGUGCUCAUCGAAAACAACUUGAAAAACAUAUCCUCGUCCUUUAAUAGCUCUCUGCCACAAAAGCUGUCCUGGUGAGGCUAGCCGCUGCUCUUCCGUCUCUCCUCAGUCUGGGUAUCUCCGCAUCGCUAAGGGAGACGUGCAGACGUGUGUGAAAGCCUGGACGGUUCGCCUCUACUGUGUAGGAAAUUACUUCCUUCAUUGCCCGGUAGAAUUCACUGUCAGCAGACAUGUUCAUCUAUUAUAGUACUGCGGUUUUAUAUUAAUAAUUUGCAGACUUUUAUCUAACUUGCACUCAUGUACAGAUUAUUAAAAGUUUUAAAAUGUAACUGAUUAAUCAGUAUUUGAUCAGUCUUGUUUUUUUUAAUUAAACUGUAUAUUUCUAAUCAUAUUUUAUAAAGCUGAGAGAAGUGGUUGAAUGACUGUUUAUUUUCCUGAAGGGAUUUUUAAGAUAAAGCUUCAUAAUGGCCUGUAAACUUUGCAUUAUCUAUUAGUUUGAUACAUAUUGUUGCAUUUGAAAAUAUUGUGCAUUGUAACUGGUUUUAUACAGAAUAUUGAAUAGUGGAAGUUGUAUAAUUGUAAUCAUGUAAUUAAAAGUAUUAACCAAGCCGC